CUACACCCUGCCGUGGUGCUUCGGACGCUUGGACGCCGUACCAUCACUCGUGCCCUUGCCGGUUUCACGAUUCUGCAGCUGUUGCUGUGGGUGCAGGUUGAUCCUCUGCACGUCGAUCAUGAUAGCACCACCACCAGGGCAGCUGUCCUGCUGAUCCAAGUGCCGAGAUGACGCCAUGCUGCCGCCCCGCAUAUCGAUAUCAUUCUCCUGUGCAGCGGGGGGCGACGGCUGAGGGCGGGAAGCUUCGGGUCGACCGUGGCCGGCGGCAGAGUGGUGAAGAGAAGGCGGCUGAUGGACGGGCUGGCUGUCGCUGCCCAAGGGGGUGGAGCGCCUUUCCUCCAUAGCACGGCGGUGCGCGAUCGCUGCCUGCUUGGCAGGCUCGUAGCCGAGCUCAGCGACGGAGAAGUACUUGGUCUUCGUUUUGCCCCCCACCUGCCAUUUGGCCACCCAGCGCUUCUGUGUCUUCUCGAAGUUGACGCCCCUCACGCCGCUCUGAUGCUUGGAUCUCUUCUUGGUUGCCGCCUGGCCAGUGCGCUGCAUCUCACGACGAUGCUGCUCGGCCAACGCCUGACAGACACAUGACAGGCACAACAUGGUCUUGUGGUGUUGCCCUUAGCUGCACCUUUGCUGUGUCGAAGCCGUGCUCCCUGACGUAGAAGGGCUUGUACUUCCUCUUGCCGCCUUCCAACCAGUCGGCCCUCCAUGUUUUUUUCGUCUCUUCGUAGGAGACGCCCGUGACGUCCGACUGAUGCUCGGCAGGUUUGCGAAUGACGGUGUUGCCCUUGCCGGCCUUGUGCCUGGGCUGUCCGUCACGCGAAGACACGUCAUCAGCCCAAUCCAUGUCGUCACCGCCACCAACACCACCCACAUCCGCCCCGCCACCGUCAUGAUGCGUCGGACCCUUGGAGGCUGCACCAGCACUCGUGCCUUUGUCGGCGUCGUGCUUGUCCGUUGGCUGUGGGUGCAGAUUGAUGCGCCGCACGUCGACCAUGGUUGCACCGUCGCCAGCCGUGGCGUUGCGGUGGUGGGCCGCUUGGGCGGAGGCACGCAGGAUGAGACGGGAUGAAGUCACGUCAGGCACACUGAAGACACGCUCGUCGUGCUUGGCCUCCCCGUCCCGUCGACAAGCCACGAAGCUGGCCUCCUCGGCGUCCCACUCGAGACCAAAGCUGCAUGGCACACAUAUCAAGGAAAACGAUAAUGAGUGGCCUAUUCCUGUCUGCGGUCUGCAUUCCUGCUAUCCACCUGUCGGCAUCGCCUCGGUUUACGUCCGUCAGCUGUCGCCUUGCCUGCUCCACCAGGCUGGCUGCCAGAGCGUGGCCGCUCCCCUCACUCAGCUUCGCCGACACAUGUCUUUCCUUCCCGCCUCCCGACCGGUCGCGACGGCGCUUGGCCCCCGGUCGAUGUGGCAGCUCCUCGCCCUCACGACGGCGAUGUGCCUCCGAUGUGGGUCGAAUGGGAGGCGGCAGGAGUUCAUCCUGACUGUCCCUCCUGCUGCCCGGGCGAUGGCUGGGCUCCCCACUCUCCGGACCAAACGGGUCGGCCAUCAGCCUCUCACUGACACGAUGUGCGGACCGGCCUCUGUGGCGGCGCCCAGGCUGAAUAUGGGGCGCCAUGGGGUCAUUGCUGUCAGGUGUGUGGUCACUGGGGCCCUCAGAUAGAGACGGGGCCGGCAUGGGCUUGCGCCUCGCUCCGCUGCGGCGGCGCGUCCGAGGUCGAUUGCAGCCGUCGGGGCUGAUGUCAUCGAGCCAGCUGAUGUCCAGGGGGACGGCGGCCUCUCCCGUACUGACAGUGCUCAGACGGCUGAGCUCCUCGACAGCGCGGCGAAAAGCGGCGACAACGGCCGAACGGGAGCUGAGGUCGACCACCGGGACAUCGACAAUGCGCUCAGUCGCACCCUCCCCGACAGAGGACGGCACACGGACACGGAAGCUGCCGUCCUGCCAACACAGCCCGCAUGACCUGCCCGAAAGAGCCAAACCCACACACACAUGCACACACGCGACAAAUCUGGCCCUUCCUUGUCUUCCCUUGUCUUUCCUUACCCGUCGCUGCUUAGGACAUCAACCAGCGCAGCAGCCAGGUCGCCGCCCUUCAUCCCACCCAUGUGUGGCCCGCAGCUGGGGGGGCCGUGGCGGCGCGCCGAGUGAAUCGCACCAUCAUCAUUGGGGGGGCUGCAAGGACGGCCUUUAUCGCUCUUCGCCCCGCCCUCUGACGUGCGGCGCUGCGACUCCAGGGCACGUCUUUCGGCGAUCGCGGCACCCAGAGCACCAUCAUAGCCGAGCUUGUCGAUGGAGAAAGACCUCCACUUCUCCUUGCCUCCCUCACGCCAGGUGGCCACCCAUGAGUUGCUGCUCUCGUUGUACCUCACGCCCUUGACGUCGCUCUGGUGCUCAGAUCGCUUCUUGACUGCUGCCCUCCCCGUACGCUCCAUCUUGAGACGAUGCUGCUCGGCCAACGCCUGAUACACACAACACACAUGAGAGAGAUUGACGAUCGCCGUUGGCGUCGCUGUUGUCAGUACCUUUGCUUUGUCGAAGCCGUGCUCCCCGACAAAGAAGUCCUUGUACUUCCUGUCCCCCUUCUCAUACCACGACACUCUCCACGCCUUGUCCCUUUCCGCCCAUCUGACGCCACGGACGUCUGACUGGUACCUGCCCUCCCUGGCGUUGGGCGUCGGUGCUCCGUCGUGGGCUGGGGGGCAGCUGCCGAGCGGAUGUGUGUGGCGAGGCUUCGGCGAUGGGCUGCGAUCGACGGCUGACUCCUCAUCGGCGGGCCCUGCCGACUCGGUGACUCUCUCCCCGCUCACAGUGGACUGAGGCCGAUGACCAUGGCGACGUUUGGCCGACAGACCUGGAGAAAACAACACAGACAGUCACAACUGCUGGGUGAGUAUCACACACAGGGUGGGUACCUUUGUGACGGCGUGGCUCGUUGUGAGGUGGCUCAGCCACCCAACCACCAGCAGCAGCAGGGGGCAUACACGAGGGACCGGGUGCACCGAUGGGUAGCGCGUCGGCGGCGCGGCCAGGAGCGCUGCUCGACUCUGCACACAAGAAAAAACAGCAGCACGCACACAAUGAUAUGCAUCAGAGUCCCCCAGCCUCCUGUCAUCCCGACCAUCUAAUGGCCUGCCUCUUCGGCCCUUGGGCUCAAUGCGGGGCGGCAUGGGGUCACGCUUGUCGAGUGGCGGCGGAAUGGACCCGUGUCCCGCGAGAGGUGAGUUGCCAUCCCCUGCUGCCCCUCGCUGCGCCUCCUCGAGCCACGAGAGGUCGAUGAGCACCCCCUGGUCGCCCAGACGCGAGCUGUGCAGGGCGUUGCGAUACUCGACGGCUUGGCGGAAGGCCGUCAAGAUGGCCUCACGGGAGGUGACGUCCUCGCCGACACUGAACUGGCAAAGAUCGACAGUGGCCGCAGCCUGGCUGUCCCAGAAGUAGCCCUCGAACACAUAGGUUGCCCGCCAUGAGACGCCGACACUGACACACACACAUAUCCAGAGACGAGUCCCUCAUGACAUCCGUCCGUCCGUUCUUGCUGCGAGUCGUCCUCCCUCGCGUACCCUCCGUUGUUGAGGCAGAGGGAGUGGACAUUUGGCUGCUCCUGACGCAGCCGCCGCAUCAGUCCACGACCCAACGCGUCGCCCGUCAGCCCGCCCAGAUCGCAGCGGUCAGACGCAGGCGAGAGGCCGCCAUCCUCCUCGUCCAUCCGCCGCUGCUUGUUUCGCUGGCUGCCAUUGCGGCCCUCGUGUGAGCCACUGCUAUCGCUGCCGCUCCAUGGAGGCGCCCCUCUCUCGAAUGGGGAGUGCCGCUGCUCCAUCAAGGCCCGUUUGUGCCGGGUGGCGGCAUCCAUAGCAGCCUCGUAGCCCAGCCUGGUAUGCUGCCGAUUGGUCUUCAGAAGCUGUUUGAUGAAUCGACUGGCGGCCUCCUUGAUGUCCUCGCCGUCACACUGCCCCACCAUGGCCGGCAGCUCGUGACGCACAACGACUCGAUGGACGCAAAACUCAGAGAGGGGACGGCAGCCAGCAUCGCCCCAAUGUUGUGACCCACUUGACCAUACACACGACAGAGGACCAUCCGCUGGGCGUGUGUCACGGGCUGCUGGUCCUCGGUGCCGUCAAUGUCCAUCUCCUGCUGGCGGCAUGCCCAUGCCGCAUCGAUGGCUGCCCCCAUGGCCUCCCUGGUGGCCGCUGAGAGGGGCACCGACUGCACUGGGGUACCAGGCAGGACCACCUCGACGGCCAGCUGGGUCAGGGCAGACCCACUCCUGAACCGCAGACAAAGGGGGGUAUCGGGAUGGGCUCGGCCGAGUGCCUCCAACUGCUGGUAGAAGUGGCGAAUCAGAUGCCCCCUCUGCACCGGCGUCACACGAGGGCCGCGACUGGCCGUGUGAUUCGUCGGCGGCGUAGCCGGUGGGCCCUCCCGCAGCCAACUGGGGGCCGGCGAGGGAUUGCGGUAAAAUCGGUCGUCUCUGCGGGGCCUCGGUCGGUCGGUGUCACGGCGAGCAGUAGGGUGCAGUGGCACACCGUCCCCCACACCACCGUCACGCAGUUGAGGCGCCCGUCGGUGUCUGACGGGUGGAGGAUCGUCGCCAUCAUCGGCACUUCUUGCAUCAGCCUGGUCGCCAUGCCUCUCCGCCCCUCCCUCUGACGUGUCCAAUCGCCCCAUCUUCUGUCCGUGUCUGAUGGCGGCCUCCUUGGCACCCUCGAAGCCAAGCUGGUCGACGGAGAAGGGCUUGGUCUUCUGCUUGCCGGCCUCCUGCCAGCUGGCCACCCAUGAGUUGCAGCUCUUGUGGUAGUGGACACCCCGCACGCCGCUCUGGUGUGUCCUCCUGACUGAUGCCCUCCCCGUACGCUCCAUCUUGAGACGAUGCUGCUCGGCCAACGCCUGAAGCCAAGACGGAAUAAAAAUAAGGUGUGUGGCGCCUCUCGGGUUUCUUCCCACCUUUGCUUGAUCGAAUCCAUGAUGUUUCAUGUAGAAGUACUUGUGCUUCUGCUUGCCGUCACCCUUGUCGUACCAAGUCGCCACCCAGGCCUGGUCCUUCUCAGCCCAGUGGACCCCCUGCAUGGCAGACUGAUGCCCCGCACGCUUGCCGAUGACGGCCUUGCCCGUGCCGGCCUCGGCUGUCUUGCCGCCCUUGCGCGUUCGCGGCUCCUUCUUGGCCCACAGACCUAAGAGAAAACACCACAGGCACCCAAAAUGGAUGGGUGGUCGACGAUAGGAAUGGUGUGGCUGUCUACCUUUGUCACCGGGAGGCUCAUUGUGAGGUGGGUCAGCUGAGCCACCACCACCACCACCAGCAGCAGCGAGGGUCAUGGACGAGGGACCGGGGGCACCGGCGGGCGGUGAGCCAUUGACGGGGGAAGGGACGCCAAUCAACUCUGCACACAUGGAAAGACGAACACACACACAAUGAUAUACGUUAAAGUCCCCAAGUCUCUCUCGUUUCUGCUCUAGCCUUACCUGCAGCAGGUUUCCACUGAGUGACGGUCCGCUCGACGCCAUCGAUGACAUCCGACACACUCUCGAACCGAUCGUCAGUGUCUGCCGUGCCGUUGCGGACGGCCACCAGCAGGUCGCUCAGCAUGCUCGUGUCCCAGCCCCUCACCACAUCGUCGCGAGUGAGAAGCGCCCGCACCCACAGCGGCGGCCGGUCGGUCCCUCCCCCCUCCCCCCGCCAUGCCGUCACCGCAUACCGCUGGCCGUCGCCCUCGUCGGCCACACUGAACUCCAAACCCUCGUACUCGGCGGAGUAGUUGCGGUGGCCGGGGGUGCCCUUGUUGUGCAACACAUCCGACAAGGGGAUCGGCCGGCGGCUUGACGUCCUCUCCCGGUUGGAAGUGGCUGCAGGUCCCUCACUUGAGUGCGGCCCGCCGCCUUGCUGCUUCUUCGGGUCGCGUGGUGCGUGAUGCUGGUGGGUGGGCGACGGGUGCCGUUCUGCUGUGCUGGUGUUGUCGUGUGGUGCUGGUGUGUGUCGGUCUGCGGGGGCUGGUGGCAGUGGGUAGGGGUAGGGGGAUGGGUGGGGUUGGGCGUCGGUCGUCUGCAAGGGUCCUCUGUCGUCUUGGACAUUCGCUGCUACACCACCCUGACGCGGCGGAUUUGCUGAUACACCAACACGCGGUUGGCAGCCGGCGCCAGUCGGCUGUUCAAGGCCCUCCGGGGCGGCCGAGUGGCGCCGCUGAUGAGAUACAGACGAGCGGUUGUCCUGACGCAUCUCCCUCUCUGGUACGGCCGCGCCGGCAGCAUGUGACGACGACCCAUGAGUCGCCGAGGCCGCCUGCAAGAUGUCUGCCAGAGCCCGAGAGCCGUCCUCUGCUGCUGGUGAGAAGCCGGCGGGAUGAGUAUGUCGACUCGCCAUCGUCACUUUUGUUGCUGCCGUCCGUCCGACUCGCUCACGGGCUCCCCGUUGGCGCCAUCAGAAGCAGAGAUCACCAAGGUGCGGCAUCACCGCUCCCGACACCCACCAAGAUCGCCAAAAGCGACAAGGGGAGGCGAGUGCACCAUCAGAUCUCCGUCUGCAGGCCAUUCAUGAUGGGGUCAGCGGCGUUCUUC